UUGAGUGUGUGUGAAUUUUUUUCACUUCGUGACGAAAAAAUUUCUUUUUUAUUAUUCUAAACAAUUUGUGGUGGAGUUUUUAUUUUUUGCAUUUUGUGGAAACAAAAAGUGAAGGAAAUGUUUGUGGUGGAUGUUGUGUGAUUCAUUGGAAAAAGGGGUGAGAGUGGGUGGCCUCUGAAAGGGGGGCACGCGUGAAAAUUUGCAUGAAAAAUCCGUGAAAAUAAUUUUCUUCUCUCACAUUUUGAGAAGAAUUCAUUUCUUGGGUGAAAAGAAAAGCAACAAGCAUUCUCUUGUUUGAAACGCAAAGAAAUCAAUUAAAAAUUAUUAUUUCAUUUAGAAAAAAACCAAAGAAUAUAAAAUUGAUAAGAAAUUGAUUCCAACAAGAGCGGAAGAUGCAUAAAAAUUCUUCGCUUUGUAAAUGUGAAAAAUCUAAUAAUAAAAAAGUUCAAGAUGUAAGGAAAUUGAGCAAUUAAAUCGAUUGAGAGAGGAAAAUACGGGAAAUGGCAGCGAGUAGAGGUGGAAAAAUGGAUGAGGAUGCAGCAGCAGCUCUCAUUGCACGUGCAAAUGAGGAGCGUGAGAAGCUCUUUCAGCGCUAUGAGAAGGGACGUGAGCCAGGAGCUGAAAUUGAUCCCUGGGAAGAUCCUGGUUUUGAAGUUUAUCACCAAACAGAUCGUUACGGUUUCAUACACGAUCGUCGUUUACCCCAAAAGGUGAAUCCCAAUGAGGCAAAAGCGCGUGCCAUUGAAUUGGAACGCGUGAAGAAGUGGCUGAAGAUGCUGAAUAAGUGGAAUAGUCGGGAAACAGCUGAGAAGCUACAUAGUCGUGUGUACAAAGGUAUUCCCGAUAAGUUACGUUCGAAAGUUUGGGUGAAGUUACUCAAUUUGGAGGAAGUUAUGGCAAAACAGAAGGAUGUGUACAAGAAAAUGCUGCGUUUGGCACGGCAAUGUAGCACUGAAGCGCGUCAAAUUGAUUCAGAUGUAAAUCGACAAUUCCGGGAGCAUCUCUUUUACCGCGAACGCUACAGCAUAAAGCAGCAGAGCCUGUUCAAUGUUCUCACAGCGUACAGCAUGUACAACAUGGAAGUGGGCUAUUGUCAGGGAAUGUCGGGACUUGCUGGGGUGCUUCUCAUGUACAUGGACGAAGAGGAGGCAUUUUGGGCACUUAGUGUACUCCUAGCGGACAAAAAAUACGCCAUGCAUGGGCUCUACAUUGAAGGUUUUCCAAAGUUGACACGCUUCUUGGCGCAUCAUGAUAAGAUAGUCACAAAAUUUCUUCCAAAGCUAAAAAAGCAUUUUGAUCAAUUCAAUCUCGAUUCAAUACUCUACUCACUAAAAUGGUUCUUUGUGAUUUUCGUUGAACGAAUUCCGUUCAGUCUCUGCCUUCGAGUUUGGGAUAUUUAUUUGCUUGAUGGUGAGAAGGUUGUUACGGGGAUGGCGUACUCAGUGCUAAAAUUGCACCGAAAUAAAAUACUAAAGCUCAAGGAUAUGGAUUUAAUUGUGCAAUAUUUGCAAGUGCAGCUACAUACGGAUUUUGGGUAUGAUGAUGAUUAUGUGAUUAAGACACUGGAGCAGUGUAUGGAGGAGUUGCGGAAGCACAAAUUGGACUUACCACCACCACCGGGUGCUAAUGAAUUACCAAAGCGACCCUUUGGGGAAUUUAGGGAGCCAAGUAUUGAGUCAAAGAUUGGAAGGCGAAAGUCAAUAUUCUCAGAAACGGAGAGAGAAGUUACGGAAAAUGUAAUAUUACAGCGAGAACUGACGGCACAGGAAAUUGCUGAAUCUCGCUUGUCUGAAGGUGCAAUUGGUGGAUCAAAUAGUCAAAUAAAUAAUGUUCAUGUAGCUGAAUCAGAAGAUGGUGGAUCACUGGGAUUGGGAAGUUCGAGGAAAUCCCUAGCAGAUACUUCGGUAACAUCCACGGCGGAUUUGAGUAUCUUUUCCGGUGGUCAGAGGUCACAUCAAACGUCCGAUAUCUUUCACCAUCAAGAUGAUACGCAGAGUCUUCACACUGAGGGUGGGGGAGUUGUUGAAGAUGAAGAUGAAAGCAGUCCUGGAUCGGGAUUCUGUUCAUUGUCAAUUGUGGGACGUACAUCGUCUGCAAUGAUGAUCACCCCAACUCCACGAGCCAUCUCCCCGCAGGACAUUGUGCGAAUUUAUGUGCCCCCUGCGCCACCGGAAGAGGUGAAUGGGGGCAAUAAUACAACAUUGCCAGGGAGUGUGACUGAGGUGUCACCGAAGAAGCGGGAUUCCGUUGUGUCCGGUGAGGUGACACCCAUUAGGAAUUCCGCCAUGUAUCGCUCGGAUGAGGAAUUGGUGCAGACACUGCGUGAAAUUGAAAAUGGACGGCAUUCGUCGUCAUCUUCGCGCCGUGGGAGUAUGUCGCGGAAGUCACCGUCGUCGGCGCUUGAAUCGGAAUUUGUGAUUGAAUGUAGUCACAUGAAGAGCAAGGAGAGACCCGCAACAGUGGCGAAUGGGCAGAAAUUGACGUCCUUUGAGGAAUUGGCACGCAAAGAGCAGGAGCGACGUGGUGAAAGGGUUGUGGUUGGCAUUGAUAAUCGUAUGUCUCGAAGUGAGAACAGUUACCGGCGCUCAGAUGAUGAAGAAUUCAGCUACAGCUACUUCUCCACACGUGUGGGCAAGGAGAAUAGUUCACGCUUUGCGAGUGAUUGCAAUAUUCAGUACAGAGCCCUCCCGUCGUCAUCGAGUAUUGAAUACAAGUCCCUCCAUCCAUCAGCUGAUGGUGUGCACGAACGUCUUCGGCCACUUGGGGCGGCGGAUGAUGAGGAGGAGGAUGAUGAUGACGAUGAGCGCCCAAAGAAGUCUUCUGAUGAUAGUUCUUCUAGUCCAAAAUCCCUCCUGGCAACGCCAGUCAAUGAAAUGAUUCCACUCCUUCUGAGUGGCUCUCCGCCCAUCCAUGAAGUCCCACAACGCGUUCCAGCGCACGAAAGGAAGCUCGUUCAACCACUUGGGGGUGGGUAUGAGUUCCCAAUUAAAGCGCGCACGCACAAUUCUGCCCCGGAAGCCAAUAAGAUUCGCAUUACAAUUCAACAGAAGCAAAAUUAAUUUUUCUAUUAAAAUGAAACUUUAAAUGAAAACUUCCUUCCCACCCAACACAUUUCACGAGAAUCUCACAAAAAAUGACCGCAAUUUUUGAAAUUUUAUAGAUUCCAAAAAAAAACAUUUCUUUAUCUCAUUUUUUUAUAAUUUCUUUUAUGAUUGAGAAAUAAUUACCUUGAAUUUAUUAUAUGUAUUAUAGGUAUUUAUUGGUAAAAAUUUCAUAAAAUAAAAUUGAAAUGAAUUCAUUA